AGGAACAAGAUGGUGAGAGGGAAGAUCGAGAUCAAAAGAAUUGAGAACCUGACAAGCAGGCAAAUUUCGUUCUCCAAGCGUAGGAAAGGUCUUUUGAAGAAGGCUCACGAGCUUUCAGUUCUAUGCGAUGCUCAAGUUGCAGCCAUUGUCUUUUCGCAAAAAGGAAAACUAUACGAGUUCGCUAGCUCCGACAUGAAGAAGAUGAUGGAACAAUGUGAGAUGUAUAGGCAUGGAUACUUUCAUGCUGAGAGACUCCAAGAAGAGAAAGAUGUGCAGGAUCUCAAGAACGAAGUAACGGUAAUGGUGAACAGGAUUGAACUUCUUCAACUUCAUUGCCGGAAGCUUAUGGGACAAGAUUUAGGUUCUUGUUCGGUGGAGGAGCUCAAUGAAAUAACCAUCCAAAUUGAGAGAAGUCUUACUCUUAUCAGAUCAAGAAAGGGUAAGGUGCAUGAAGAUGAGGUAGAGAAACUAAAAUCGGAGAUUGAAGGAACGAGAGAGCUCGUGAACGAGAGAACUAAGCUGCACGAAAUGUUUGAAGAAAGGCCAUUGUGGAUGCAGUCGAGGAGCCUAGAGAGUGAGAAGAAUGCAUCAUCAUCAUCAUCAUCUGCUUGUGAAAACGUGAACAUAUCGGACGUCGAAACUGAUUUGUUCAUCGGAUUGCAUAGAAGCCAAGUGUAAUUGUAUGUUAAACCAACCGGUUAUUGUUUUCUUAUUUUCCAAGUAUGGAUAUGACUUGCAGAAUGUUUUAGUCGAUUCUCUAUUUGCAUAAACCAUGAAAUAAAGUAGCAUAAACCAUGAAAUAAAGUAAGCAUACAAGGGUUUUCUUUUACAUUUUCUUUUCAUCUGUAG